UUAUACCCGCAAUCCCUCGACAGACUUAGGCGGAUACACAACUGUGUGUGACGUCUCACCUAAUCAGCAGAUUUCUCCCUCCACCAGUUCCCCAAUCACAAGUCAAGGUAAGAGUCAAGUUGUUGUGACUUGGCACGCACACGGGUAGAACACCCCACCUGUCAGUACCCGCCUCAUGUACCCGGUCAUGAAGCAGUCUGUCACUUGGCCAUGGGUGGUAGACACAGUCGCACUACACGCCAGCACCCUGGGAGUCUAAUACGGUCCCUCAGCGUCCAAACCCCACCCGACAUACCCGUGAAGGGGGUGACGAGAUCGAACUCUCAGAGUAGUUCAAGACCGGUCAUGGCGGAGUAUCUGAAGGUGGGUGACAUGCAGGAGGCGGUCAUGGAGUGUCCCGUCUGCUCCUACGUGUUCGACAGCGACGAUCGUACUCCGAGACUGAUGUCGUGCUGUGUCUCCUCCAUCUGCUCAAGCUGCAUCAACGACAUCCUCUCCCGUGGAGGCAGCAACUGCAUCGACUGCCCCCUGUGCAGGACCAGCCAUACCAUAACGGAAGGGGUAGCGAGCUUCCCCUUGGAACGAGUCAUGUUGAAGAUGGUGGAGUAUGUCAAGGUGCAGAAAGGCCACAAGUUCCCUUGCACUGGUUGCCCUGACGACAAUCAAGCUGUGGCGCGCUGCAAGGACUGUGGUUUGUUCAUGUGUGAGGAUUGUCUGAAUGCCCAUAAAAGGAAUGGGGUGACACGUGACCACACAACCGUCAGCUUUCACGAACUAAGGAACCAGUCAAUCCUGAGUUUUGGAACCAGCCACCACUGUGGGCAACACAAACUCAAUCCCCUGCAGUUCUACUGCCGGAAGUGUGACAGGGCCAUCUGCGUGUCGUGCACGGUGGUGGAGCAUAAAGAGGUCAACGGACACACCAUCGUGUCCCUGGACGACAUCUGCGACGAGAGGGCGUCCCAGGCAGACGCCGUGCUGACCUCCCUGGACGUGAGAAUCAGGUCGCUAGGAGCUGACAUCGAGACAAUGAACAAAAAGAAAAAGAUUCUUAACACUUCUAAGACGUCAGCGAAGAGACAGGUUGAGUCCACAUUUGAUGCUCUUAUUGAGAAUCUGAAGCAGAGGAAGGCAAUGUUGCUGACAGAGGUGGACACGAGAUACGAGGUCCACAGUUCCGCCAUCGACCAACGUCUGGACGAGACAAAGUCACUGACAUCACGUGUUGCUUCAGCCUCGGAGUACAUCAGGCACGUGCGCUCGAAGGCAGACGAGAUUGAGUCGCUUCAGUUGUUUUCCCAGGUGAAGCAAGUUCUGGAUGGGAUAGUCCACGAGAAGCGGGAAGGAGACGACUGGGAACGAAAGGGACUGGGAUUUGACCCCACCUUUGCACGUGACGUGGACGAGCUCAUUCAGCACACGGGGGCAAUCAAGACUGUGACCUUCAUGAAAGACCAGACCACCUCAGGUGCCCAGACUCUGUAUAUUCAGCCCUCUGUUCCAGAAGAAGCCAAGAAUCUGCAGAGUCACGUGACUGUGUGCGGCCACAUGACGGAUGAGCGACAACCUUUCCAUAUGACCAGCCUCCUUGGCGAUAGAGUUAUCGUCCUUGAUGACGUCACAGUCGACAACAGGCCCGCAGCGAUACACUGUCCCCGACUUCGAUUUGAUGCAAUUUGUUUAUCACGCGAUUGCUCUACGACCCCAGAGGGCGUUCUCGUCAACCGGAAGCUCCAAAAGCAUCCCCCAGGGUCAGAGACCGGAUGUAGGCUGAAGGUGGGCCGCCGGGCGUUAGUCAGCCCAACGUUGGGAGGAGACGGCCUUCAACUCUGGCAGACAACAGUGAGGGCAAAGAUCAAAACAGCAUCCGCUGACAACAGUAUGAUCUUUGAAGCUGCGGUCACACCGAGACUUGUCGAUGCGGGUUUUGCUCAGCCCUCGGGUUUCAGCUUGAAUCUUAGCGACUGUCAUGUUCACAGUCAGCUUUGUCUCAAACUACGGAAGGACGGAGAGCUUAAAGCUGAUGUUCCAAUUGGCUUGAAUCAACCGGAAGUGGAGCACAUCCUUGACCUUGGCUUCCUCCUCGAUGGUGUCAAGAAGCACCUGCACGUGUUUGACCUGUCCGCGAGGAAGACACUGGUCACUAUCGACACCAUGGACACCAUGACCCCGCUGUGGCUGGUGUACUACGUGGACACGCCUGAAGAGUCAGACAUUCAGGUCACUCUCGUGUCAGGGGUCAACAUUCAGGUCACUGAUUGGCUGGUGGACCUGCUGAAGGGCGUGUGCUGAAACAGCUGAAGAUAACAGCCUGUGGUCAAGUAGAGAACCUCACCCGAGUGUCUUUUGAUUUCAAAUAUAUCAACAUGAGUUGAUAUAAGCCUCGAAGUUUUCCACUUUUAUCAAUUCAUGUUGAUAUAUUUGAUAUCAAAAGACACACAGGUGAGAUUUUAUUCAUCAUCUAACAUCAUUCUUCAAACUUUUAAAGCAGUAAGCAGUGUCUCAAGUGUAAAAAGUGCUGCUAACAGCUUCAGUUGCAGUGCCAUUAGCGAUGUCACUUGAUUGUGACGUCAUGGUAACCAAUGACGUCGCAAUGGUCUACAAAGCAUUGUUAUGCAAUUUCAUUGCAGCAAUAUCUACAAUGUAGCUUGAUCUAAUCCAAGCGAUAUCUCCCGUGGGAACCAGUUUUGGAUUCUAAAUGGUUUUGAUAUGAUCAGGACAGUUGUUUACUUUAAUGUUCUUUGUGUUGUUGUCUGUUUCACCAUGUCUAUCACAUUACUUUCUGAAUAAAGUGUAUCCA